GUCCGUUUCUAUUUUGAUUUCUCACAGCCAACUAAUUGGGAUUGAGGGUGAUUUGGUGAAUCACUUAAAUUUUAUAAACGCACAAAAAUCACGUUCGUUACUUUCCAUUCUCAACCGCGUACUUCCAGUUUUUCUUUCAUUCCAAUUUUCUGAUCGCUCUGGUAUUCAUCUCUGCGAUUUUCUUUCUAGUAGAGAUUAUUACUUGCUGCGUUAAUCAUCUUCCAUCAUUAUCAUUCUGCGCCAUGGAAUCAGGUAUUCAUAUAUCUUGAUGAACUCUGUUUUCAUACCCAAACAAAACUUCAGAAGUUGAUCGUGUGCUUUGCUCUUAUGUCAUGCUUGUGCAUUUUUAUUUUAAUUGAUUCAGCCUAGAGGUUGAUGUUAUCCUUUUUAUUCUCACAAAUGAUUUUCGUAAUUGCUUUUGAUAACAUUACAUCACUUCACAUAGUAGGCUUGUUAAUGAAUGUUAUCAUGUUUCUUCUCACGAAUUAAUUUCAUAAUUACUUUCAAUAGGAUGAAUAACCCUAGUUAAGUAGGGUGAUUUCGCUGAUGCAUGUCUUGCAAUCCUGUUCCUCGAUUUCACGGUUGCUACUGCAUCCAAUCCAUGUUCAUGUAUGUGCCUAAUAACAAAUAAACAUUAAGCUAUAUAUCGCCUCACAUAAAAUGAAUUCAUGUAUUAAAUAAAAUAUUUAACAGCUAGUUUGCAUUCAAUAAUCAUAUAAAUAAUUAAUUUCAAAACAACCUACUUGCAAUCCGACUGCACUUUUACAUAGCAUCAAUGCAUCUUCUGUACUGUCCUGCUGCACCUACACCAUCAAUUCAGUACAUGUAUCUGUUUCUGUUGUAUCUGCAAGGUGAAAUAUGUAUUAUGCAUCUGUUUAUGUUGUAUGAUGCAUUAACUGAAAUUAUAUGUUUAUUAUUGUUUAAUAUUAGUUUUCGUUUUUGUUUAAUACUAGAGAUCGUUUGUUGUUUAUAUAGAUGCGAAUUGUGGUCUUCAAAUUUCUCCUAGGGGUUCAAAGUAUUGGAUUCUAGAAUGUUCACCCGGAAAAAAAAUCAGUUGUUGGCAUGAUAUUUCCUAAUCUAGAUGCUGAUUUUAGUUUUCACAAGGAAUAUGCGGCUGCAGUGGGGUUUGCUAUUCGUCAUCAUACAUCAAAGAAGGGCAGAGUUGAUCACAUAGUGAUGAAGUAUAUUAUAUGUUACUAUGUAAUAGAGCUGGUUUUAAGAAUAAUGCAUGUCCUGUUUUAGAUACCAAAGUUGUUGGUUCUGAAGAUUGCUCGAAAAAUAGAAAACAAGUAUCUAAUAGUAUUGAAGUUGCUGGUUCUGAAGAUUGCUCGAAAAAUAGGAAACAAGUAUCUAAUAGGAUUGAAGUUGCUGGUUCUGAAGAUUGCUCGAAAAAUAGGAAACAAGUAUCUAAUAGGAUUGAAGUUGCUGGUUCUGAAGAUUGCUCCACAAGUAGGAAACGAGUAUCUAUUACGAUUGGAUGUAAAGCCCUGUUAAGUCUGCAUAACACAUAAAACUUCAUGCCUUUGCUCCUCACUUCAGGUCUCUACACUUCAUCACGCUGCAUACGCAUCCUGCCUCAAACCUAUUUCACCAAAGGCCCGUCUGCUCCACUUUUAAUGACAUCAUUUCAAAUUACAUUUACAGAAUAUCAAAUGCAUCUUAAAUGUAGAACAGUGCAAGUGUGUAACCUUUUGACGUUUUCCUCAUCUCUUUUUUCUUUUUGUUCUGUUGCAUCUUACUAUUUGAUGCACCUUAUUGUUUUCUUUUUCCUCCAAACACAUGUUUCUCUUCUACAUUUUCUAUUACAUAAAUGUAUAUGUCAGGGCUUAG